UGCCCUUACGCACCCCCCCUCCCCCCCCCCCCAAACUCGGCCCCCAUUGCCCUGUGAGGCCGGCUCACCGGAGAGUCCCACACCCCGAGGGGCCAGUCGCACACACAACACAAUGCCUGACCAGGGCCUUUCAUACAGCACUGGUGAUGAAUAUGCCGAGAGUAUGCCCACCCGCGUGGGCCUCAAGGAUGGCCGGGUGCUUUUGGAAUUUGGCCCGAAAAUAGUCCUCUCCCAACGUGCAAAGGACCGCUGGAUGGCCAUGGCCUACACCUACGGCAAGGCGGAGGAGCUUUUCGACCUUCGGCAGCCUUUCCGACCCGGCUCGGAGAAGGCUCCCUCGCUGAGCGGGACCAUUUCCGUGGAGGACCGGUGGGUUUACGUUGCUUUCGGCGGUCAGAUCGCCGUGGCCCAGUGCCUCGAUGAGGGAAUCAUGUACCCGGUGGAGGUUGUGCAGGACAUUGCUGCAGGGGAGACCCUGGUUGAGCGGGGCACUGGCUGGUCUGUGGUCAUGGCCCGGGGGGGCGCCGUUCGUGGGGUGCUGUUCGCGGGCCGGGUCAUCCUUAAAGAGGUCCGCACUGGGCUGAUGGAUGUCGCUGGGCCGGCCAGUCACUUCAAACUGCUGACAAUGUGGCGUCUUUGGUCAGACCCUCUCCGGAUGGUUGGGACCGGCGUCGAAGCCGGUCGAGGCAUUCUUCCUGCGCGAGCAUUCCCUUCUUCUAUCUCACCAGGGGGCUCUCUUCCGAGUGCGCUUUGGGAUGGCGGCUUGCGAAGGAGAUCCGGUGCAUGACCAGGGCCGUGGUCCAAAUGGGGCUGAUAGGGUGUCGGUGCGCACCAUCAUUUCGGACCUUCGGAUGGUCUAUUGCAAUCCGUUAUUCAAGCCGCUGGUCUUUCCGUACUGCUUGCAAGGGGACCCGGUGGUGGUGACCAAUUGCCUCGGGCAAAUCUUGCAUGUCUGGACCGAGGCCUUUUCGCAGAACCUGGCAACGCUGGUACGUGGCGGCCUCCGCCAAAUUGACCUUGCGGAUUUUCCGAGAAGGCCACAGAUGCCUGAGGCGAAUGCCUGUCCUUGUGUCCUUCUGUU